AUGAGAGCUGUUACAGUUGCCGCUGCUGGUGCAGCCAUUAUCGGAUCGGUUUCCGCCGCGAGCCAUGUCAAGCACAUGCAUGCGAAACUUCACGCGAAUCUCGCCCGCGACACCUGGCUUGACUGGAAUGCGACCUCUACCACGACCUCGGCACCGGUAAGCCCCGAGACCACGACGACUACGGCCUCAAGCUCCAGCAGCACAACUUCGGUUGAGAUCUGGGGAGACUGGACGACGACCUCGUCCGCCAUCGCGGAUCCUACCACUACCGACAGCGCCGAGAUCUGGGGUGACUGGUCCAGCGCGUCUUCAGCGACCGAAGAUCCCGCUGCAGCCGUUACUGAGACCGUGACUUGGGGUGACUGGACCAGCACUGAAGCUGAUCCCACCAGCACCGUCACCGAAACUUGGGGUGACUGGUCGACUUCGGUUGACCCUGUGCCCACCUCGACCAUCACCGAGACUUGGGCCGACUGGACCACUGCUUCUGACCCAGCAGCCACGACCACUGAAACCUGGGGCGAUUGGGAGUCGGAGGACACCACCACCGUUACCCUGGAGUCCACUGUGACCACGACCAAAUACAUCCAGCCGAUCACGACUACCUCAAGUGACUGGGCUGACUGGACGUCUACUGGUCCUGUCACCAGCGUGAUCACGUCGACCGUUCUGCCUGUUGCGGCGUUGACUGCCGACUCUGGUAGCUGUGCAAUCACCAUCAUUACCUCUUAUGGCCUGCCAACUUGGUACCCGACUCCGAUUGAUCCAGCAUCAACCACCACCACAUCCUCUUCUGAGACUUGGGGUGACUGGACUACUACGACGACGAGCACGACUCCCGUUGCGGUGAUCAGCACGACCUCCACGACCUCCACGACCGCCGUGACAUGGGCUGACUGGACCUCAGCCUCAACCACUCCUGAUGCAGCUGCGGUGACUACCUCAGCCGAGACAUGGGGUGAUUGGACCUCAGCCUCAACCACUCCUGAUGCAGCUACGGUGACUACCUCAACCGAGACAUGGGGCGAUUGGGCCUCUGCCUCGACCGAGUCGGCUGUCGCUACUGGCAGCGUUGAAGGAGGCUCGUGGGGCUGGACUGCACCUAGUGGUUCGGCCUCUGCCUCUGCUUCUUUCCCAAAAACAAGCAGCAGCAGCCACGGUGGCAGUCCCGGCAUUACUACGAACGGUGACUCUUGGGGUCUGACUUACUCUCCGUAUACCGCUCAGGGUGGCUGCAAGGACGCCGGCACUGUUAGCGUCGACCUUGCCAUCAUUGCAAAGAAGGGAUUCACUUCGGUUCGUGUGUACAGCACUGACUGCAGCACUCUCGAAAACAUUGGCACCGCCGCCCGCAACAAUGGCUUGAAGCUCAUCUUGGGUGUGUGGAUCUCAUCGUCUGGAAUUGGCGGCGCCAAGGGCCAGGUCGACGACAUUGUUGCGUGGGCCCAAUGGGAUCUUGUUGAGUUGAUCGUCGUCGGUAAUGAGGCCGUCUUCAAUGGCUACGCCUCUGCCUCGGAACUUGCCGGGUUUGUCGCGAGCAGCGCCGCUGCCUUCAAAGGUGCGGGUUACACUGGCUUGAUCACGUUGACCGAACCUCUGUCUAUGUGGGAAGAUACCAGCAGCGCUUCUGCGUUCUGCAGUGUUGUCGAUGUUGUCAGUGCCAACCUCUACGCCUUCUUCAACGCCGACGUCUCUGCCGAUAAGGCUGGAGCGUUCAUCCAAUCCGAGAUCGACAUCCUCAACAACGUCUGCUCGGGCAAGGCCGUCUAUGUUCUGGAGUCGGGCUGGCCUAGCGCUGGCAACUGCAACGGCGCUGCAUGCCCCAGCCCUCAAAACCAAGCCAUUGCGCUGAAGGGCAUCCAAGCCACUGUGGGUGCUCAGGUUAUAUUCUUGAGCUACGAGGAUGAGCCAUGGAAGGAGCCAGGCGAGUUCGGUGUGGAGCAACAUUGGGGUUGCGCAAGUGUCUUUUAA